CUCUUCCGUUCCAAAAAAGAAACUCUCCCUUCCGUCUUUGCACAAUUACUUUUUAAGUUCUUACGGAACUUUUAACUAUUUUUUGAAUUCGUAAAGUGUGGAAUCGUUGAUAGUGUCAUAAUGUCGGGACGAUUGUCCAAAUUUCAGGCGGAAUCGAAUGAUAUACCAGUAUUAAACUGUAAGUGGGCCCCUAAAUGUAAACGGGCAUUUACGCUUGAAUUCCUGCUGGAGGCUCAUGAGAAAAUUUGUCCCAACCAAAACACAAACACGCCGGAUUCAAAAGCCACACCCUCCUCUAGAACCAUGACUGCCACCACACCCACCGUGUUCAUGAGCCCACCACACACACCCGCAUCAGCGUCAUCAACUAUCAAAAUUGGUCAAAAAAGAAAGUCUGUUCCUGUUAGUGCUCCAGCGAAGAAGUAUCGGUGCAAAAACUAUAGCGUGUGUCACAAAUCCUAUGAAUUGAAAGAUAGCAAGUACAGACAUGAACGAUUGUGUGGACUAUCGGAACAGGAUAAGCAAGCACAUCUUAAAGCCAAGUUUGGAGACAAACCUAGUCAUGUCUGUAUCAAGUGUGGAAAGGUUUUUGAACAGACGAUCGAAAAACGUCAUCACGAGGAUGGAUGUGCCUUCAACGCUGAACAAUUAAGGAUAAAAUAUGUUGAUGAUCCUACUCACUUUUGCUCGAAGUGUGAGCGGUUCUUCGUGGACCCAGGUAACUGUCAGAGGCACGAAAGAAGUUGUGGCGUCGACAAGGAAGAAAUGAUGAUAAGGCGUUGAACUGUCAGAGACACGAAGUAAGCUGUGGCGCCACAAAGGAGGAAAUGAUGAUAAGGUAUUUAUGGUAAGGUAACCAGGUCAAGCGGCUUUAAGGGGCCAAGAGGUUGUGUUUCUCGGACAGACCGGUUUCAAAGGGGAGGAUAGUUCGAUGCAGGCAAGGAAACAAGAAGCCCUCGAAAUAGUACAUUUCUUUAAUUAAUCGACUUUUUUUAUACAUACACAUGAUUUUUAGUACGUGCAUAUGUUCAUAAUUAUGUACAUUUGCAGAGCUACGGCUAUUAUUCUAAUCAGUACCAAGGACAGAAGAUGUACUACAUUAACUCGGAGAGAGAGCUGGCUAACUUGUCCCAAAAUACAGAUGCCGAUUUGAUGAAGAUGCUAUAUAAAGCUGUGCGAGGGGACCCCAUUUUCUGUUCUUGCAUUGACUGCAAGUGUGAGGCAUACUUUCAUUAUGAUCUCGAGAAAGUUACCAAAGUUGACUUCCAACUGGCUGCGGGACAGGUGAGCAAGUCGCCACCACCCCCCUUGCCUCGACAAAGACCACGCCCAUGCAACCCGUCAGCAAUUCAGGCCGAAGUAGAUCGUCUGUUCCGUACCUUGAAGAAAGAGAUGGGACUUGUUCUCGCCAUCCCCUUCAACGUCUACUCGGUCCUCCUCGUUAAAAAGGCAGAUUUCCCCGGCUUAUCAGACCCCCGUGCCGUAAUCAACGCACUACUAGGGACAACGAGAGAAAUUGUGGCUUGGCUCUACACUGGUAAAGGGGUUGAGGCAGAAAAUGGGGGGAUCCAUGAACACCACUUUUACGGAUCCAGUACGAUCCAGAACGAACUGGUUGAUGGCGAUAAAAUCGCCAUCCAAAUCGCCAGGAUGAUGUGCAAUUCCCAGAAGGAUGCGGAAGAGAAAGAGGCGUUCGUUUUGUAUGCAUCUCAACUUGCUGCUCGGAAGAAAAGUGAUGGAGGGGUUAGAAUUGUACCAAUAAACGUGAGGAUGGAGUGGGUGGCCUGGCGACGAUUGCCGUAUGACACACGUAAAUUGUCGCAGGAGUGUGGCGAUAAGGGGGUAAAACCGUACUCUUUCACCAGCAAGGAUGAUAAGCCCAUUUUUGAGGAGGGUGAGUUCCACUACCCAAUCAAUCUCCAACGACAGUUAAGCAGAAACGAGAUCAAGGUUGUGAAGUUGCAGAGUAGACGUUGAUUUUUUGUUAUGAUUUUUUUAAAUGAAUUUUUUUUUCGUAUGUUUUCGGUUUUUUUACCGGUGCUACUAUUUUUUAUCCAACUGCUUGUUUCUGAUACCGAAUUAUACAAUAAACGAUCAAUAAUAACUCGUAAUAA